CAUCACAAAAGAUGAAAGGAAACUUGAGCACUAUGUCAUUUAGCAUUUCAUAAUCACACUAUAAAUGAAAUUCUUAUAUGUAAUAUUUUCUCAUCCUUGUUCCUUCUUAAGUGUGUCGAUCGGUACCUUGAUAAUAUUUUCUUGGGUGUUGGCAAACAAGAAACAAAAUGAAGCAAAAGGUGGAGCUGAAGGUGGCUAUGAAGUGCCAAAAAUGCCGGACUGCGGCCCUCAAAGUGGCUGCAAUACAAGAGGGUGUAAACUCUGUUGCAUUAGGAGGAGAACAGAAAGACAAAGUGGUGGUGACUGGUGAUGGAUUUGAUGUUGUCAAGCUGACUACCAAGUUAAGUAAGAAGGUCGGGUAUACCCAAAUUAUCAGUUUGGCAGAGCAGAAGUAAUCAAAUCCAGCUGAUUGGUUUUUGGGAGUUGCUUCUACGAAAAUCUUACAAUGGGCCAUAGAUAAUAAGUUUCGUUCUGGCUCUUGAUCGCUUAUAUUUUUGUGUUGAUAAAUUUCUCAACUUAAUUUCUGUUUAAGCACUGAACUUUCUGUUGUAUCAGAUAACCUUUGGUAUUUCAGAUUUCAUCGGAGCUAAAUUACCGUAAAUUUCUCUUUUUUUUUUUUUUUUUUAAUCCUUUCAACCUGUGAUAAUUAGUGAACGACUUGAGAUCAAUUACAGCUAAACUAAUUUCUAUCACCAGAGCAUUUUGUAAGUUUAGCUCAAAUGGUUCACUCAGCAGGUAGUCAUUCUUUGAAGGUUGAUUCUAACGAGACUGGAGUUCGAUUUCUAGUACGGCAAAUUCUCUUACCUCGAUUCUACCUUAUUCUUGGCCUCCAUUGUACUAAGAAAAGUGUUUUCCCAGUCGAUAAUACAGCAAAGCAUAAGUGCAUUUUGAUCAACAUUUAACUGAAUGGAAAUAGUCAGUCCUAUAGGAAUUGAAGGCAAUGCCCCGGUUUACAAGUCAGUUUUAAUCAUCUCAUUUCUAGCCUCUACUAAAGAUGGAAACGCGUUUGUUUACUUAGCCUUCGGGCUGGUGGUUGUGGGGUGUAAACGUACUAAUUAAAUUACAGUCAAUGGGGGAAAAGCAUCUUUUCCACUUUUACUGGUUUGAAUAUUUUCCGUCUGCAGGAAGUUUAUACCUUUUACAUGCCAUCUCAUUAUCUUUGGAUACCCAUUAUUCCUUUUCCCUGCUUGUUUAUAUAAUCCCAUAAACCAUAAGAAAAACAAAAGACAAUAACCAGUUCAUGCAUAAUUCAGAGGCCUCAAACAAACCAACCAAAGAGUUGAAUUAAGAUUGAGAAAGGGUGAUAUGUGGUAGAAUUUUUUGUAAGUGGACUACUAUUAAUUGGUGACUUUAAUGUUUAAUAAAAUAGAUUGAUAAAUUUAAUCAUAAUAUGAGAUACACACAAGAACCCAAAUAAUUUAAUAUGAUCAUCUAAAUAUGGGUUUUACACAUCUUCUUAGGUCAGCGUGAUUUGAUGAUUGUGUAAGUUUUUGAUCCGAUAAAUAUUUGAUGGAAAGGUUUGGUUAAGGUCCCUUUUUCAUUUCUAAGUAAUGAUAUCUACCCACUG